ACCCUUGCCACGUGGGACCCACGUGGGACCGUCCAUGGCGUGGCCAUGGCGGAGCUGGAGCGCUUGGAUGUGGAGCUGGAGCCCGAUGGAGGCACCUUCCAUGGUCGACCCAGCGAUGGGUCCCGAUCCAUUCGGAAUCGAAAAGAGCUGGAACUUCUCCUGACCCUCUUCUGGGCACCUGCCACUGUUUUCGUUGUGGCGGAGGUCGUGAGCUACCUCUGCAUGCACAAGAGCUUCUUUGGCAACGCCUUUGAUGUGGGCAUCAGCUAUGAGCAAGUGGUGGAGGUACACGUUUUCGCGAGCAUUGCAAUGUGGAUCUUGGCCGCUGUCCAGAUCCGGAUCGAGACCCGCAAACGCCAGUCGCCGGCACUGCAUCGGCUCACAGGGGUCGUCAUGCUGCUGCUUUUCUUCUUGAUCGUCUUCCCAAGCAGCCUCUACUUGUCCGCCCUGCAGAGAAUUGAAUACUGGGCUCCAGCAGUUCCUUGGCGUGGCGAUGAUCCGACCAUGGACAUCCAGCGGGUGGCAGCAGUUCUGCUGGACACUGCUGGCUGCACCGCCUUUUUCUUGUGCGCCGCAUUGUGGGAGGAUGCACGACAUCAGUGGUCAGAGUCGCUGGCCCUGCACGGGCGGCUGAUGCAAUGUGGAGUCAUGAUGAGCAUGGCAAUUCUGCCGCAACGUUUCUUGCAGUUCUAUUUGUCCAUGCAGUUCAGGACGUUCCCUCAGGCGGGGGGUGGGAUGUUGGACAUGGACGACUGCCGCACCAAACAUCAGGUGAAUUAUUCUGCCUCCAUUCUCGUGACCUCGGUGUUGUUCUUCGUCUAUGGCCACUUCUUUGAAGGGCCCAGAGGUCGAAUUUGGGUCCAGUGCAUUGGAGCGGAACACCUCGAGGAGGUACGUUCCUUUUCAUCAUGGCACGGGUGA